UUCCCGGUGUACACAGAAACAUAACACCAAACACAACAUAGGUAGCGUUUUUUUCACUCUCUGUGUGUCUGAAUCUGGUGUUGUCUGAACCCUCAAAUCGCCAUGGAUUGGGGCAUCUAUGGCGUCACCAAGCUCCGCAUAUUCUGCACUAUCCUCGUUCUCCUCUUUCCAACCAUCACAUUCUCCCUCUCAUCUUCAUCAUCAACAACAAUGGGUCAGGGUCAAAUAAACUCAAACUCAAUCCUCGUGGCUCUUCUUGACUCACAUUACACAGAACUAGCAGAGUUAGUUGAAAAAGCCAUGCUUUUGCAGAAACUAGAAGACACGGUGGGAAAACACAACAUCACAAUCUUCGCACCAAAAAACGAAGCUCUUGAAAGAGAUCUCGACCCUGAUUUCAAACGCUUCCUUCUCGAACCACGAAACCUCAAGUCCCUUCAAACACUUCUCAUGUCCCACAUCAUCCCGACCCGAAUAACCGGAUCCAUUAACCCGAUAAAUCUUACCGGGUCGACCCGACACCAAACCCUCUCCCCUCAGCACCACCUCCUCCUCCAACACAACGUCACCACUCGCCACUUCACCAUCGACGGCGCCCGGAUAAUCCACCCGGAUGUCAUAACCCGACCCGACGGAGUCAUCCACGGAAUCGAGCGCCUCCUCGUGCCGCGUUCCGUCCAGGACGAGUUCAACCGCCGCCGGAGCCUCCGCUCAAUCUCCGCCGUGAAACCCGAGGGUGCACCGGAGGUGGACCCGAGAACCCACCGGCUGAAGAAGCUAUCCCCGCCGCAGAAACCGGGUUCACCGCCGGCGCUUCCAAUCUACGACGCAAUGGCUCCUGGUCCCUCGCUAGCUCCGGCGCCGGCGCCGGGACCGGGAGGGCCGCACCACCACUUCAACGGCGAGGCGCAGGUGAAGGACUUCAUCCAAACAUUACUCCACUACGGCGGUUACAACGAGAUGGCGGAUAUUCUGGUGAACCUGACGUCGCUCGCGACGGAGAUGGGUCGUUUAGUGUCGGAGGGUUACGUUUUGACGGUGCUGGCUCCGAACGACGAAGCCAUGGCUAAGUUAACGACGGACCAGUUAAGUGAACCGGGUGCGCCGGAGCAGAUCAUGUACUACCAUCUCAUACCAGAGUACCAAACCGAAGAGAGCAUGUACAAUGCGGUUCGGAGAUUCGGUAAGGUUCGGUACGAUACGCUUCGGUUACCUCAUAAGGUAGUUGCUCAGGAGGCUGAUGGGUCGGUUAAGUUCGGGAACGGUGACGGGUCGGCUUAUUUGUUCGACCCGGAUAUUUACACCGAUGGUCGAAUCUCCGUGCAAGGGAUUGAUGGGGUGUUGUUUCCCCUUGAAGAAGAAGAGGAGGAGGUUAAGCCUGCGGUGACCCGUACCCGCACGGGUCAACCCGCUAAACCUGUUGUCAUGCAUAGAAGAGGAAAAUUGCUUGAAGCAGCAUGCUGGAUGCUUGGAACCUUUGGACAGCAUUCUAGAGUCACCUCUUGUCAAUAAAGAUCCCUCAUUUGGAUGCUAGCAACACUCAUAAUAAAAAAAAAAUGCACAGGAAAUUCCAAAGAUGUAAAAAGUCAACGGAAUAUGAAGGCAAUGGUUAAUAGCAGCUACUAUAUGGGUUUGGUUUUCCCACGUUUCUGUUGUGCUCUUUUUUUUUUUUCUCCCUCUUGAUUUUCUUUUUGUGGAUUUGGGUCCUAAGACGACAGAACAAAAGCUUCGUGACUGUCCUCUUAAUACAAUA